ACAAGUGUCAACCCUGAUUCUUCUCGUUCACACGCCAUUCUUCAGCUAGAGGUCCGGGACCAACAUGAAAGGAGACUGGGAAAGAUGUCUUUCAUUGACCUGGCUGGUAGCGAGAGACUGUGCGAAGUAACAGAUUUUAGUAACAAACAAAACAGACUGGAAGGAGCAGAAAUCAAUCAGAGUCUCUUAGCUCUGAAAGAAUGCAUCCGCUCUAUUGACCAGGCCACCAAACACACACCAUUCAGGCAGAGCAAGCUCACUCAUAUCCUCAAAGAUUCAUUUGUGGGCAAUUCUAAAACCUGCAUGAUUGCAAACAUCUCUCCAGGACAAUCUGCCUGUGAUCACACACUGAACACACUGAGAUAUGCUGAUAGAGUGAAGGAAUUAAAAAGAUCAGGCUCAGGAGACAGACUUGACAAUGUUGAGAAAACUAUGGCAGACUUAAGGUCAAAGUCACAAUCUCCCAGUCGUAACUGUAACUCCAAAAACUCAUCAUCAACAACUCCCUCUGUGUUCCAUCCAAGUAGCAUUCCACUGUCUUCCACACCAAAGAAGUCAACACCACUGAAGAGUAAACAUGAUUCUCAAAAGAAGCAGCCAUUUCAAGGGUCCAUGUAUGAAACUCCCAUCAGAGGGCACAAGAUAAAGAGGAAGACAGCAGAACUGAAAACUAACGGUGAGUCAAGCAGUACCAGUUCUCAGAGAAAUAAGCACAGCAAGGACAGGAUUCCUCUACGUGUGGUUAGAGAACCCUCAUCUGAGUCUGGGGAAAGAAAGAACUCACAGAAUGAAAGGAAUGAUGGGAAUGGUGUUAAAAUGUCAGCAUUAUUGUAUGAGACUGUGGAAAACAACAGGAACAUUCAUUACCGUAGACAGCAACCAGAAACAUAUCAGAAAAGUGAGGCAGCUCAUGAAACCCAGCAUACAGCAGGAGAAACUAACGAAUAUUAUCAAAGUUUUGCACUUGAAAAAGAUAAUCAGACUUUCUCACAAACCAGUUCAAGCGCAGGACAUCAGUCAGAAAUUGUGACGCAUUUAGAUAACAUUAUGGCCCAUGCUCAGGCUGUCUUGGACAAAUCACAAAACCGAGAAGAAAAUAACCAUGCAAAUCAUGAUCGAGUUGGGAAUAACAGACAUUUUCCUGUGCAGGCAUGGGACCAGAUGACUAUCUCUAAUGGACAUCCUGCACAUGAGCCCAAUAAUAUGGUUCUGUGGAGGAAAUACAAUGAACCUAUCCCACCGGUAAAUCUACACAGGUAUCAUAAUGAGCAUAUACCAGCUUCCCCACCGCACCACUCUCAGUCCACCAGCACAACUUCUAGUCCCAAGUCACCAGACAACAGGAGACCAAAACUCUCACCUCUCCUUCCAGACAAGAACUUCAACUUCCUACAUUUAUCAAGAUCUCAUGGUUCUCCAACAUAUAAGUUGAAACUCUCCACUUCGGCUGAUGACUUAGGAGAAAAGGCACCCAAAUUUACAAAUGUUUCAGAUGAUUCCAAAGUAAGUGAGGACCACACAGAAAUGAUAAAGUCCUCUCCCCUUGAUGCCAAAAGGAAGCUCUUCAAGGAGGAUGAGACCAAUGAACCUAUUUCUUCAAAGCCCAGAAAUGUGACAACUACAAAAGAUAUGACCGUGUUUGCUUUGACAUCUGUACCAAAGAGUUCCAACCAGGUAGAAGGGAAAGUGCAGCCAAAAGAGCCUGUCUUGGGUCAACAAGCAGCUGAGGUGAUGUCUAGCAGUCAGAGAGAGAGUUCAAGUACUCACAGAGAGUGGCAUCCAAAGAGUGCUCUAGCACAGAAGAUUCAAAGUUUGCCCUCUCCAGAUGACUUCUUAAAGUCUUUGGCUGAAAUAAGACUGCAAAAGAAGACACAAAGAGAACCCAAUCAGAAAGGAAAAGACAGUGACUCAGAGUCCGGAGGUGAUAAAAUGUCCCCACGAAGUCCACCUUCUAGUGAGUGUGCUGACUACAAGGGAAAUAUGCCAGGAGUUGGUCAAUCUGAAGUUAUGUGUGCUAAUCCUGGGAAAAGUAAUGAUCUGAGACCUUUCCCUGAUCUGCUGGUGUCCCCUUCCAACUCUCGGAGAUUGGGUGCUUUCCAGCCCUACUCUCAUUUGCCACCCAACAAGCUAACACAGAUCUCACCAGGCAUUUCCAGUAGUCAGCAGGGCAGUAGAGGCUUAGCAAACUGUGAGGAGGAAGGGCAGAAAACAGAGUCAGCACCAAACAAGGCUGUGGUGUCCCAAGCACCUGCCAAAUCCACCCUGUCAUCUGUUGACCAGGACUGUAACACAUCUCAUAGGGCUGAGGACCAACAUUUGAACCUCUUUAACACUGUCAAAAAUGCAGAUCCCAAGGAACUUAUAACCAAAGCACUGUCAUUUACAGAGGAGAAAGACAAAGAGGCAGUGACCUAUGAAAAUUCAACGAAUGGUGACCCCAGAACACUAUCAGAAAAAUCACCAGUGGGAGAGGACUGUAAUGUUGUUACUGACUUGCAAAAGUCUGACAAAGCCAGCAGUGCACAGGAAAGAAUGUUGGGAAAUGACCAAGACAGAAAGGGUGCCCCAACUGAUGAUAGUUUCACCGAUUCUAGUAAAACCACUCUAAGUUCCUCCUCUUGUUUGAGCAGCAGUGGAUUGGACAGUUCAGCAACACCAUCUAGAAGACUUGAUAGUAAUGCCACAAAUGGCAGCCAAUCUUCUCAACAUUCCAGUGAAAGUCACAGUGACUUCCUGAAACUACCACCACCACCCCAGUUUGUGACUGUCAACAAGAGCAGCAGUGCCCACACAGCAUCUGUGAACACCCCUGUGCGUAUUGAGAGGUUGGAGGUCAGUGGGAUCCCAGGGACCACAUUUUCCCCCAUCCACCCCAGCCCGUCUUUGGCCCCCACCAAACUAGUUACUGUUCCCACAGUGAUUACCAAGACUAUCAUAGCAGAUGACAACAUCAGCAAUGGCAGGUUGUUGAAGGGCACCCCCAAUGGUGGAGGGGACAGUGACAGGGGGAGCAGUAUGGAUAAGGAUGGCCUUGUUUUAACCAGGGGAGACUCUGCUCAAGAGAAGGCACAAAAUCUUUUGAUCACAUCCCAUGAAGAACAACUGGCAGAGAUGACAGCACUGUGUAAGGAAGAAAUGAGGCUUCUGAGGAGCAUCAAGAAUGGGGAUCUGACAUUCCCAACUUAUGUGAAGGAGUUGAAGUCAGUUCUGUCUUCCAAAUGCCGCUGCAUUGAAACACUAAGUGGUCAGUUAGCAGAGUUAUCUGCGUACACAUUUGACAGCCCUCACCAGCAAUUUGAGACCAGUUAGAAGAUUAUUGCAAGGGAUGCACCAUACAAAUAUGAUUUUAAUUUGAAAUAGGAAGAGAAAUGAAGCAUGUGAUAAGGAAGACAAUCACUAAAAGAUGUGUUCAGAGAGUUCCAGGUUGGGUAUUUGACUACACCUUUUAAUUCAAUAUAUAUAAUCUCAUAUCAAUUAAUUUUUUAUGAAUGCAUAUUUUUCUACUAGAACAGAAAAUAGAUAUAUGGCUUUAAAUUCUUAAAUAAUUUCUUACUUGAGAUAUUUUUAUUGGUUUGAUUUGCUGUAAUGUUUUAUAAACAAUUUUGCUUUCUAAAGUGGUUUUGCUUUUUCUUCUUAAUCUCGUGUUAUAACAUUGCAUCUCUGAAGAAUAUAAUUGGUUUACUUAGGAUUCAGAUAUCUAUAAAAAGUGAGAAAGAUUAAUAUUUCACACACCUAAGAGAGAGACACUUUAAAGGCAACAAUAUCUAAAUUUAAAGUUCCAUAUUAUGACUAAAAUAUUGGUGCUGUUUGACUUCCCAGGUGGUCUGCACUUUAAACAUUUAAUGCUAUAAAAGUAUAUGUAAGUCAGGUAUAAGUGUAUUAAUGAUGUUAGUCUUUCUUGAGGCAGCAACUGUAAAUUCUUCAUAAUGGAUAGCAGAUAAACAGUAGAUGUUGUACAGUGUAGAUCUCAGGGAAAUGGUAGCCAAGACGUCAGAUUACUUUAUACCAUUCCUGUUUAUAUUUUUCCCCAAUAAAUGGUACUUACAAUGCUGUAGUGACACCCAUGAAAUGUUUGAAUAUUUGUACCACAAGAACUGUUUGUAUAGUUCAGUGAAAUUGGUUUUGUAUGUGUGUACAUUUAAACAUUUUUAAAUUCCUUUUUUUUAUUUUCCACUUCAAACCAUUAUGCCGACUUAUU